AUGAAUAGUUUGUCAAAUAAGAAAGAUAAUGUUGAAUUGCUUGAUCUACCUGAUGAAUUAAUAUUAACUGUUGUGAAAAUGGGUGAUUUUCAAAUAUCUUUCCUUUGUUCCAUAAUUGACGUAGGCAAUCGUCGUUUGGAGCAACUCACAUUUGAUCAAUGCCGUAGGAUUGAUCUAGUAGUUGAUUAUAUUGAAGCGAAAGAGUCGUCAUUACUUAGGAAACGAUUAUAUUCUGAUAUUAUGCCGCGUAUAUAUGAUCAAAUUCAAUCGUUAACAAUCAAUAUUCAUCACGUAGCAUCUAUUCAAAAAUUUCUCGAACGAAAUUACAAUGGAAUUCUCCCAAACUUAAUACAUUUGAGGAUUCGACUUUGUGUUAAGCAUUCGAAAUCCGGGAUACGGUAUAGAUUAGGAAGCCGUCGAAUGUGUUUUCUUGAAUUGUGGGAGCAACCACUUUUUACGAUCGUGGCUCACUGUUUUUUCCUACCAGAGUUCAGUAUUGGUGAACAUUUAACUAAACUAUGUCGAUCAUCAGUGGUCCGUUCGGUUCGAUCGCUUGAGGUUGACGAUUGCUGCAGUUUAAUCAACAGUUUUCGCAAAGGUGAAAGAUAUUUCACUGAUGUGCCGCGGCUGACUCACAUUCGCUUAUCUUUAUUGGAUUUCUAUCAAUGUGUUAAUCUAUUAUUAGAAUUAGGCCCACAACUUCAUUCACUUGUGAUAACUUUAGGAAGGUGUGUUUCAUUCAAUUCUGACUUAAGAUCUGAUUUAGAAGCGAUUUCAUGUCCUAAGUUGAAACAAGUGAAAAUGACAAUUUAUGAAAACUUCGAUGAGUAUGAAACAUGUUUUUCUCUUCUACGAUGUUUGUCAAGCGUUGAAUAUUUAACAUUAUUAUUAGCUAUAGGCAAGAAUGGCGUCGAACCCAAUCAUUUUAUUGAUGAAUUAGUUCUUGAAAAAAGUAUGCUUAGGUACAUGUAUCAUCUUCGUCAAUUCAAAUUUCAUAUUCGUUCAAUUUUAAAAUAUGCUUCACAUCAUAUGAUGAAUGAAAUCCAUGAAAGUUUUCUACGACAACAACCGUUCAACUGUGUGUAUGAUUAUUUCAAGAAUAAUUAUGGACAAUGUCAAAUAUAUUCAAUACCAUUCGUUGGUACUCGUCUUGACUUUAUUUCAAAUCGAUUCCCUUUGUUUGAUGGUACAUUCUCAAGCGUUACAACUUUACUCAUUUUUGAUGAUGUAUUACCGUUUGAAAAUAGUUUUUUUCAACGUCUCGCUCAAGCUUUACCUCGACUUAAAACACUCGAAAUAAGAAAUGAACUCGGACAACAGCAGAAAGCGAUGGCAGCAAACAUGAAUACCGAUCGUAUUCACUUUCCUCAUUUGACUGUGCUUAUUUUAUAUGUUAUUCAUAUGGAUUACGCGGAACAAUUUCUUUGUCAAAUUCAUCAUUCGUCUCUAGUCGAACUUGCGAUUAACAAAGAGAUUCUAUUAGCAAUCAUCGAACAAAAUCAUCCACAAGCAAGAGACAACUGUUCGAGAAUAGGAUCAUUACUUACGUCGAAACCUUCUUAUGAAAUAAUAGAUAAGAUUGAAGAGUUUUUUCCAGUAGCUGAGUACUUCAAACAUAUAAAAGAAUAA